GCAUCACACAGGAAGUCGCUCUUUGCUCUUUCCUGGAGUAGACGGGUCACAUAAAGUAGCGGCGUGGCUGUACGGUGCUGAUAUUUUUGGCGAAGCAAUGGCGGAUAUGUUGGAACUUUUCACCUCGAUUGGGCUCAGCGAGCAGAAGGCGAAAGAAACGCUAAAAAAUGGAGCGCUGAGCGCCACCCUUAAGGACGCAAUAGUUCAGGCUCAGCGUGUCCUUGGUACAUCAGCAAUGGACAAAACCAUUGGGACAUUGUUGUACAGUAUGGCAUCUCGACUCAAAGACACCAAACGCCUCGAGUUUCUCACUAUCAAUAUAGCUCAACGAAAAAUCACCUCAGAGCUGCAACUUGCAGCUGCUUUGGAGUUUCUAAAGUCGCGCCCCCAAGAUCCGAUCAGCCAGUCAGAGUUUGACGAGGCGUGUGGUGUGGGAAUAGUCAUUACGCCGGAGCAGAUUGAAGAUGCUGUCGAGUCUGUGAUCAAGAAGCACAAAGAACAGCUGCUAAAGGAGAGGUACCGAUUCAACAUGGGGUUGCUCAUGGGUGAAGCACGUUCAGCUCUCAAGUGGGCGGAUGGAAAAGUGAUCAAAAACGAAGUGGAUAUGCAGGUUCUGCAUCUCCUAGGACCUAAAACAGAGGCAGACCUGGAGAAAAAGCCUAAGCCACAGAAAGCUAAAGUUGCAGAGAAUGACGUGAAGAACCAGGAGAAGUCAGUGAAUGGUGACACGGGGUUUGGAGAAACUAAGUCUCUAAUGGAGCAGCUCAGAGGAGAGGCUCUCAAGUUUCACAAACCAGGAGAAAAUUACACAACUGAGGGUUAUGUGGUCACACCAAACACAAUGAACCUGCUGAAAAAGCACCUGGAGAUCACCGGUGGGCAGAUCCGUACCCGCUUUCCUCCUGAACCCAAUGGCAUCCUUCAUAUCGGACAUGCUAAAGCCAUCAACUUCAAUUUUGGCUAUGCUAAAGCAAACAAUGGAAUUUGUUUUCUAAGAUACGAUGACACGAACCCUGAGAAGGAGGAGGAGAAGUACUUCACUGCCAUCAAGGACAUGGUGGAGUGGCUCGGCUACACACCUUACGAUGUGACGCACGCGUCGGACAACUUCCAGAAACUAUAUGACCUCGCUGUGGAUCUUAUCCGCAGAGGACAUGCCUAUGUGUGCCAUCAGAAAGGCGAGGAACUGAAAGGCCACAACGUCCCUCCGUCGCCAUGGAGAGACCGCCCUGUUGAAGAGUCGCUCGUCCUGUUUGAGAGGAUGAAGAAAGGUCUGUUUGCUGAGGGAGAAGCCACGCUCAGGAUGAAGAUGGUAAUGGAGGAUGGAAAGAUGGACCCUGUGGCUUACCGGAUCAAAUACACACCUCACCAUCGGACAGGAGAUGAAUGGUGCAUCUAUCCCACUUACGACUAUACACACUGCCUGUGUGACUCCAUAGAAGACAUCACACAUUCUCUGUGUACCAAAGAGUUUCAAGCAAGACGUUCAUCAUAUUACUGGCUGUGUAAUGCGCUGGAUCUGUACUGCCCCGUUCAGUGGGAAUACGGACGCCUUAACCUCACCUACACUGUUGUGUCAAAGAGGAAAAUCAUCAAGUUGGUUGAGACUGGUGUUGUCAGGGACUGGGAUGAUCCAAGACUCUUCACCUUAACUGCACUGAGGAGAAGAGGUUUCCCUCCAGAAGCUAUCAACAACUUUUGUGCACGAGUGGGAGUCACUGUCUCCCAGACAACCACAGAGCCCCACCUGCUGGAGGCUUGUGUGAGGGACGUGCUGAAUGACUCUGCCCCUCGAGCCAUGGCCGUGCUGGAGCCACUCAAAGUCACCAUCACCAACCUUGCAGAAAACUUCAAGUCAGAUGUUCGAGUACCAGACUUUCCUGCCAAUGAAGCCAAAGGAAGCCACACGGUUCCAUUCACACGCACCGUCUUCAUUGAACAAAGUGACUUCAGAGAGGUGAUGGAGAAAGGCUACAAGCGUCUGACUCCAGAUCAGCCUGUUGGUUUGAGACAUGCUGGAUAUGUCAUUUCUGUCCAAAAGAUCAUCAAGGACUCUGAGGGUAAAGUUGUGGAACUCGAGGUGACUUGCUGCAGUUCUGAGACUGCAGAAAAACCAAAAGCCUUCAUCCACUGGGUCAGCGAACCAGUGGUGUGUGAAGUGCGUUUAUAUGAAAAGCUCUUCCUGCACAAACACCCAGAGGAUCCAUCUGAAGUACCAAGUGGUUUCUUGAGUGACAUCAACCCUCAUUCCCUUGAAGUGAUCCGCAAUGCCUUAGUGGACACAUCAGUCAAGACAGCUAAAGUUUUUGACAAAUUCCAAUUUGAAAGAGUUGGAUAUUUCUCUUUGGACCCUGACAGCACUGUAAACAAGCUCAUCUUCAACAGAACGGUCACCCUCAAAGAAGACCCUGGAAAGAUCUAAUUCAUUCAAGAUCAAUUUUUACUUCCCACGAGUCCUCAGACAUAUGCAAUUUUGUAGCAUCACCUAUUUUGUAAUCUCGGCCUACACAGUGUGAGCUAGAAAAUUAAUGUUGCUGACACUCAUUUUCAUUUGAUGCUGUCAUUCUUUCUUUUUUUGCCUGCCACUGCAAAAUUUCUAAAGCUCGUGUGACAGCACAGUUUAUCUGGGUUGUGAUUUCUUCACAGCAGAACUGUUCUUCAUUCAUCACAGUUCUGUACAACUAGUGUUGUCUUUAUGAAUGUGUGCUUUUUUUCCACAUUUCAGCUCAUCUUUUUCCAUGAAUUUUCUAUUGACUCAGCUUGUGUUAAAAAGAAGAUGCUUUCAAAUGCCAUAUCAGACUUUCUAGCAAAGGGUGUGGGCCACUACACCUUUUGUGUUUAAGACUCAGGGGGGUCCUUUGACAACAGAGAACAAUAAACGCUUCUGUUUAAAAAAAAAA